CCCGUCAUUCAACACGACCGUGCUCUUUGCUUGCAACGGCGGUCUCCUUCCUCAGUCUUCUUCUCCCAAGCUCCACCCUCUGCCCUCUCUGCCCCCCUCGCUCAGGUGCCGCUUGCGCUCAUACGAUGGCGCUCCCGAGGACUGCUCUGCUGCUGGCCAUUCCGCUAAUUUGCCUUGCCCUCUCCGCCGCUAUCCCAUCCGUUCAUGGUCUCCGCCGCCUGACAUCGGGCUGUGGCGGUUGUCCAUCGUCCUGCGACACGGCGCUGAAGGGAUGCGAUUUUUACUUUUAUGGUCACGAGAACAACGUGCCCAAGAUCAAACUCAUCCGUAAGGGAGACAAUACCAUCUACGUCCGAUGCGGCCAUAUUCUGCACCGAGUUGGGUACGACACUCGGCCCGUGAAGGUUGUGAACUCGGCCAACUGCGCGAUUCUCCAGGGACAGACGUGGAACACGGAUGCGUGCCAGCAUCGGCUGUACGGCAAUGGCAGGCACCUCGCGUCUCGYGAGUUCAACGUUGGCAAUCCCAGCGACUUCCUGAACGCGUGCAUCAAGGUCCAGAUCAGCGCGGCGCAGUACCAGGACGGAGGAAACUUCAAUAACGGUCACAAGAACCCUAGGGCCUGCAUCGUGGUGAAGACCGAGAGGUCCUUCGGGUAAUUGCAGCGGAUCGGCCGAAGAAAGGAGAAGAUCGGUAGAUAGGGUAAAUAACGACUGUAGCAAUCAUGUUUGUGGUCUUGUGAACAAGAGU